AUGGGCGUGGAUUUAUUAAAAAUACCAGCAACCACAAAUGAUUGUUUAGUUUUUCACCAUUGCAAUGGAAUUACCAUAAAACCACGCAGUAGUUGGGGAGCUGCUUCAGCACGAUCUCCAGUUCGUAUCAAUGGCGCUGUAGACUAUGUCAUUAUUCAUCACUCUGACAACCCAAGUGGAUGUAAUUCGGAAACUUCCUGUCAGCGACUAAUAAAAAAUAUACAGAGUGACCACAAAAGUCGUCGUAACUUCAGCGACAUUGGUUACAAUUUCAUUAUUGCCGGAGAUGGUAAUGUGUAUGAGGGUCGAGGAUGGGGAUACCAAGGAUCGCAUGCCCCAAAGUACAAUCGCAACAGCAUCGGCAUUGUUUUUCUGGGCAACUUUGAGAGCAGUAAACCAUCGGAACAAAUGUUGCAGAAUGCAAAAGACUUGAUAGCUCAGGCAGUUAGUGGAGGCUAUUUAAAGACUAAUUAUACUCUAUUAGGACAUCGCCAAACCAAAGCAACAUCAUGUCCCGGCACGGCUCUAUACAAUGAAAUAAAAACUUGGCCUCAUUGGAGAAAUAUUUAA